UAGAAUCCGUAUAGAAUCCAACGACGAAUCGUUGUGACACACGCAUCUCGCAAGAAAGAAUUUUCGUGAGGAACGAGGGAGAAAAAUUACUUUAGAAAGGCAUCGCCAUGGAGACACGCACCGUAUGUAACACCAUACUCGCUGGUCCGUCCUCCGUGAACCAUUUCCCCUGUACGUACACGCUUUUGAAACGUGCUACUUGCGUGCGCGUAAGCGUGUGUACACCUUCGUAGAUUGCAAUCUCGUGGCUAAAGACUCCACCGGUAUAAAAGGGGUGUGUCUCGUGGUGACCGAAUCAGUUUCACAGCGGCGAUCCGUCCAUUCUCUCGCGUUGUCGACAUGAACGUCAUACUACUCUUCACCCUCCUCGCUCUGGUUUCACCGAUUUUCAGCGAGGAAGCGCUCCUUGUUAAGAAACACGAGAAAAGGGGUAUCCUAGGUCUGGGCUAUGGUUACGGAGGAGGAAUUGGUGGACUCGGAGGGUUCGGCCAUGGCGGAUACGUGGGAAAUUCGGCGAGUUACUCUCUGGGCCACGGCGGUUACGGGACGGCUCCUCUCGUCUCUCACGGAUACAACGAUCCACCGAUUCCGUUGUCUCACGGAUAUAGCGCCCCGACUUAUCCAACCUCGUAUCUCGAUCAUUCCGCUAUCGCUCUUGGACAUGGCUUCGGUGGUGGUCACGGUUUCGGUUACCACGGGUUAUGAGAAAGCUCGGCAUUGCUCUUAAUCGACGUUUCAGCUGCGUUGAUACGACCCAAGUCUCCAACUUCUUUUCUAGACGAUACUUAGUAAUUAUAAAUGAUUAUAUAAUAUUUUUUAUACCGAUGGUUGCGUCUCUCGA